AAAUAAAGGGAAAAAAUGACAAGAUGAAAUCCAACGGUCCAGAUUCACUGUGAAGCUUGUUAUAUUCAAUUGUGUUGUGUGUUUAGGCUCACUCAGAGACUCUCUCUUUCUCUCUCUCUCUCACGUUCGCUCUCUCGCUCUCUUCUCUUCUCCUCCGCAUUUCCAAAAGCAUAUAUCAUUAAAAGAUGGCAGAAGCCGAGGACAUUCAACCUCUUGUUUGUGACAAUGGAACGGGAAUGGUUAAGGCAGGGUUUGCUGGAGAUGAUGCCCCACGUGCUGUGUUUCCCAGUAUUGUUGGUCGUCCCCGUCACACUGGUGUGAUGGUUGGCAUGGGCCAAAAAGAUGCUUAUGUUGGUGAUGAAGCUCAAUCCAAGAGAGGUAUUUUGACUCUCAAGUAUCCAAUUGAGCACGGUAUUGUUAGCAAUUGGGAUGAUAUGGAGAAGAUUUGGCAUCAUACCUUCUACAACGAGCUUCGUGUGGCCCCCGAAGAGCAUCCAGUUCUGUUGACUGAGGCUCCUCUUAACCCCAAGGCAAAUCGUGAAAAGAUGACCCAGAUCAUGUUUGAGACUUUUAAUGCCCCUGCUAUGUAUGUUGCCAUUCAGGCUGUUCUUUCACUGUAUGCUAGUGGUCGUACAACUGGUAUUGUGUUGGAUUCUGGUGAUGGUGUCAGCCACACAGUCCCCAUCUAUGAGGGUUAUGCCCUCCCACAUGCUAUCCUUCGUCUAGAUUUGGCCGGUCGUGACCUGACUGAUUUCUUGAUGAAGAUUCUGACUGAGCGUGGUUACUCAUUUACCACCUCAGCAGAGCGUGAAAUUGUGAGGGAUAUGAAGGAAAAGCUGGCUUACAUUGCCCUCGACUAUGAGCAAGAGCUGGAGACAGCCAAGACCAGCUCCGCAGUGGAGAAGAGCUACGAGUUGCCUGAUGGACAGGUCAUCACCAUUGGCGCUGAGCGUUUCAGGUGUCCGGAGGUCUUGUUCCAACCAUCCAUGGUGGGUAUGGAAGCAGCGGGUAUUCAUGAGACAACAUACAACUCCAUCAUGAAGUGUGAUGUCGACAUAAGGAAGGACUUGUAUGGUAACAUUGUCCUUUCUGGUGGUACAACCAUGUUCCCUGGCAUAGCUGACAGGAUGAGCAAGGAAAUCUCCGCAUUAGCUCCCAGCAGCAUGAAGAUUAAGGUGGUAGCACCACCCGAGAGGAAAUACAGUGUCUGGAUCGGUGGUUCCAUCUUGGCAUCCCUCAGCACCUUCCAGCAGAUGUGGAUUGCAAAGGCUGAGUAUGAUGAAUCUGGACCAUCAAUUGUUCAUAGAAAGUGCUUCUAAGAUGUUGAAGGAAGAGAGAGACUGCUGUCUUGUUCCUCAGGAAGAAGUGCCGCUUUGUAACCCUUUUUUAUAUUCUAGCUUUUGUUAUCCGUUCAUGUUAUUCUCUGGAGUGGAUUUGGAGAAGGCGAGGAGUUGAUUUUCAAAAUGGUCCAAUUCUUUUUAAGUACUGUUAUAUAUUUGAUAAGUUCUUUUUUGACAUUCAUUAUGCGUAUGAGGUUAGCUGAGACUAUCCAGUAUCCAAUGAACUAAAGCUUGCGUGCCCUCUUUAUGCUUAAA